AGACCCAGGGUGUCUCUAUAAAUUAUUAAUAAUAAUACUUUCAAUUAUUUAUAUCAACGAAAAGAAAACGAAUCCCUCGUUCUCCUCCACUACUUCAGUGCUCCUCCGCCACCCGCCACCGCCGGAAAAUUGGGAGAUGGGGUUUCUAUACUACGCCAUAAGACUACCAAAGGUUAUAAACCUAACAUUCUUCUUGAACAUAUUAAGCCAAGUGAGAUUCUUAAUUAUCGGGGCACUCACUCGUCUUGGUCUGUACAAACCGCCGCCGGAGGAAGAGACAGCCACGGACAAUUCGAACAAUUAUAUUCUCAUAUUAGAUGGAUUAUCCCCAUCUCUGGUCCCAGUUCCUGUUCACGUGGUCACAGCAGCCAUUAAGAAAAGAGUUCCUAUUGUGAAAUACAGAGAUUUUCUGGAACGGCUGGAUCAAGAUGAAGACGGAAAUGGGGAAAAGGUAUGCACGAUUUGCUUAGAGUCUGUGGAAUUAAGGCAUGAAAUUAGAGAGCUCUGUAAUUGCAACCAUGUAUUCCAUAGAGAGUGUUUAGAUACAUGGAUUGAUGAGGGCCAAGUGAGUUGUCCUUUGUGUAGAUCUAUGCUGCUUCCUCCGAGAAAUAGAACGAAUCAUCUAUGAAUUUCAGUAUGCUUACAGUUUUCAAUCUCAAAAUGAUUUUUCCUUUUUUUAAAAUUUUACAAUUCUUGUUUGGCUUCU